AUGGCUGCUCCGUCAGCCUGUAGAACCAACUUCUCCCGCUAUGGUGGCAUGGCUGUGGGGCUGGCCCUGGGUGCCGUGAUCGGGUGGACUUCCCGGGGCAUGUUGGCAGUGCCCACUGCUGGCCUGCAGAAGAUUGCUGCGGCACCAGCCUCACGGACCGGCAGCCUGAAUCCGGAGGAUCCAGGAGUGGUUCCGGAUGUUCCGACCGCGCGUGGAGAGACAAAAGAUCCCAGUGACGGUAAUGACACAUUGCAGGGCGAACCUGUCCAAGGUGAGCCUGCGCAGAGCACAACGGCGACCGAUGAGCUCGACCGAGACGGUUCCUCUACCACGGGUGCCGCAGCUGGAUUAUCUGGUCCAGCGGCCAAAACCAAGCCCUUCCCGGCCAAAAACUGCGAUGCGCAGGCAAAACUUUUGUCUGGAUAUUUUGGGAUUUGUGCAGAAGCCAGCUGGUCUUGGCUCCGGAGUUAUCUGGCACCAGAACAGCAGAGCAGGGCCGCUGUUGUGGUUGACAUUGGUUGCAAUAAGGGAUAUUCCUCUGCUCGGGUGUUCGAGCGAUGGCAGCCUCGUGCUGCGCUAAAUCAGCAAUCACUUGGUCAGGCCCAUCAGAAGCUGGGAACACCCAAAUUCUGUGGGGUUUGCCAGGAUUGCAAGGAGAAGCCUCUAAAGGUGCCAAAGGGUGCCCACGGCACAGUGAUGCCCGUUGUCCACUGCAUUGAUGGUUCACCCAGGACGUUAAGCCGCACCACGCAGGCCAUGCAGCUGGCGUCCCCCCCGUGCAUGGCUGGAAUGCACUUUCAUAAUCUAGCCUUCACCAAUUUCACCGGGACAGUUCAGUUUGGCGACUGUGAUGCUAUGGAAACCUGCAGCAUGCAUAAGGGAACUCCGGUGACAGUGAAGGCGAUGAAGCUUGAUGCAUUUGUCGUCCAGGAAGCCCUCCGUUUCAUUGAUGUACUGAAGAUUGAUGUGGAAGGUGCAGAGCCCUUGGUUCUCCAGGGGGCCAUGUCCACGUUGAAGUCUGAAAAAGUAGGCUUCGUGCAUUUUGAAGCAAACAACGAUCCCAAAGAUGCUUGGAAAGAUUUCGAUAUCUCGUGGAUGGUGGCCACCUUGGAUGAUCUUGGGUACAGCUGCUUCAUUGAGGCAGCCAAGCAGAAGAAGGGCAAAUUCCUGGUGCGCUUGACUGGCUGCCUGCAUUCGAGGACAUUGGUCAAGGCUACAAGGCGGUUCACGCAGUACAACGUCGUUUGUGCAAAACGUGCAACCUUAGCUGAGGAGGCUCUAAAGGUAUGGGCGCACCUGUAG